AUGUCAGCGGCGAGCUCUGACAUGGUGACAGUGCCUGGUCUAAUGCUGUUGAGGGACACCGGGUGGCGUGGCAGCGUUUACAAGUUGGUGUGGAAGGACCUGCUGGCGUUUCUCUUGGCUUUCUACCUUAUAAACGCCAUAUACCGCUCGCCUCUCUUAGACCAGGAUCAGAAAGAGUACUUUAUGAGGGUCUCGCGAUACUGCAGCAGCCACAGUUCGCUGAUCCCGCUGUCGUUCGUUCUGGGUUUCUACGUGAACUUCGUCUGCGGCCGAUGGUACAUGCAGUACCGCCUGCUGGCUAUCCCCGACAACCUGGCCAUUACGACGUCGGCACUGAUCCCCGGCUCGGACGAGCGGUCGCGCAUGCUACGCCGCACCAUCAUGCGCUACAUCAACCUGGCCUUCAUCAUCACAAUGCGCCUGUGCUCCGUGACCGUCAAGAAGCGCUUCCCGACGAGCGAGCAUCUGGUGGAGGCGGGCUGCUUACUUCCACACGAGAAGGACCUGCUCGACGAACUGGACGCCAAGUCCCCCUACUGCAAGCACUGGCUGCCGCUGCUCUGGGCGAAAACAUUAGUGCUGAGAGCAUACGAGGAGGGUCUGGCCACCAGCGAAAGCAGCAUCAAAUUCUUCCUGGAGGAACUGACAGUUUACAGAACCAAGAAUGGACGGUUGUUGGGCUACGAUUCUAUCCCAAUCCCACUUGUGUACACUCAGGUUGUGACCCUGGCAGUGUACAGCUUCUCCCUGGUCACUGUCAUCGGAAGCCAGACGCCCGGGCUGGAGCCGAACGACGUGGACACCUACGUGCCCGUCUUCGCCAUCCUGCAGUUCGUGUUCUACAUGGGCUGGCUCCGCGUGGCCGAGACGCUCGUCAACCCCUUCGGCGAAGACGACGACGAUUUCGAGGUCAACAGCCGCAUCGACCGCAACAUGCAGGUCUCGUGGAUUUUGGUGGACGAAGUGCAUAACUUGGUGCCGGAAACUACUCGAGACGUGUACUGGGAGGAGAAGAUACCCGUCAGGUUGCCAUACAACAUCGCCUGCGUCAAGCAAACGGCCCACGUGCCCGAGCGAGGCUCCACGGCGGACAUUCUGGUGAGCGAGGAGGAAUCUCACCUAGACCCCUUGCUCGAUAACACUGUCGAGUCCCGUCAGGGUACGCCUCGUGUGUCCAGUGUCCGUCGUCUGAUCCGUCGCCUGAGCCGCCAGAGCAACCAGACGCCACAGCAGUCGCCAGCCCUCCCGUCUCGCCGCUUAUCAGUGCUCGCGAAGACGGCGCUCCACUCGGAGGACGGUAAGAAGGCUAGGCUCUCCGCUCUCUUCGAGGACAGGGUCUCGAAGCACCACAAUGAUUCCCACUCUACCAAGGUCGUCGUCGACAAUCCGUUGCCUCUUGAAACUCAUCUUGCGUCCGGGAAUUGCCUUCCUCCUCGCCACAGCAGCUUUCGUCAUAAUCUCCACAUGAGCCGUCACUGCCAAAGGGCAAAAAUCCGCUCAGAGCCGCGUCACAGCAGUCUUAAUCUGCGGACUCGCUACGGUCUGCCUCGCUCCGGAUUCCUUCACCCCAGUCAGGAGGAACCUGUGCCUUGUCCCACAGCCACUGAAGAAGAGAAUCUCAAUUCCAAGACUUCCCUAAGUUUAGCAAUCCAAGUCUCUUCAGAAGAGGACAACAAAGACGCUCCCAAACCUGUGGACGCUUCACCGACGUCUGCCAGUCACAUCCUUCCUUCAUCAGAAGCUCAGGCUGUGGAGCACGCUAGAGUCACUGAAGCUCCCAGUGACUGCAGCUCAUCCACGAGCAGAAAUACAAAGUCGCGAAAAUGCACGUGCGAGUUUACAAACCGUAAGGAUGUUGUGUCACCCCUGGUACGGCGGCGCGGAGGCUGGGAGGACCUACGGGCUGUGGAAGGGGGAGACUAAAGGAUGGGGAAGACUAAGGAACACUGGAAGAGGGGGCUGCAGACGCUCAAAGGGGGAGACGGAAGGACGCUGGAAGGAGAUGACGCGCGGGGGAAGCCGAGCACCAGGAACUGAAUGCUAUAAAUAAAUCUGAUGAAGAUGUGACAUGGCAAAUAGUGGAAGAAAAAAUGAGGUGAUGGUAUUUAUUAUGAUAUAAUAUUGUACAAUUGGCACAUGUUUCUUUACUAAUUAAAAGAGUAUUAGAUUUU